AGCAGCAGCAGCAGCAGGAGCAGCAGCAGCGGCAGCAGCAGCAGCAGGAGCAGGAGCAGAAGCAGUCAACAUGAGGUCAUCACCAGCUCUCCUGCAGUGGAGGUGCACUAUAAUGAUGAUUAUCUGAUUAAAAGCCUUUUUGAUUCCACGACAGGAGAGCUAACAAACCGUAGCAUCGGCAGGAGAGUCCACUACAAUGUCUGCAGUCCCGCCCUGAGAGACGCCCGGACCAUUCUCCGCACCCUAACGACGCACAAGAAGCGCAGUCCCCCCCGAAAGUCCUCUCCCAGCCGCCUCUUCCCGCCACCAUGACGGUCGCCGCGGGCGACCCGUCCGACGAGGCGGCGGCACACCCGGGCCACCCGCUGGACUACGACCCGGAGGCGGAUCACGAGUGCUGCGAGCGGGUGGUGAUCAACAUCUCCGGGCUACGUUUCGAGACCCAGCUCAAGACCCUGUCGCAGUUCCCCGAGACGCUGCUCGGGGACCCCAAAAAGAGGAUGCGCUACUUCGACCCGCUGCGCAACGAGUACUUUUUCGACCGGAACAGACCCAGCUUCGACGCCAUCCUCUACUACUACCAGUCGGGCGGGCGGUUGAGAAGGCCGGUGAACGUCACGCUGGACAUCUUCUCCGAGGAGAUCCGCUUCUACGAGCUGGGCGACGAAGCCAUCGAGAUAUUCCGCGAAGACGAAGGCUUCAUCAAGGAGGAGGAGCGCCCGCUCCCUGACAACGAGUUUCAGAGACAAGUGUGGCUGCUUUUCGAGUACCCGGAGAGCUCGGGUCCAGCUCGGAUUAUCGCCAUCAUCUCCGUCAUGGUCAUCUUGAUCUCCAUCGUCAGUUUCUGCCUGGAGACCCUCCCCGUCUUCCGCAAUGACGAGGACGGCAUGCACAAGUCCCACGCUGUGAUCUUUUCCCCCGAGACCAACACCACGGUCAUCAGGUACACGUCUACCUACUUCACCGACCCCUUCUUCAUCCUGGAAACGCUGUGCAUCAUCUGGUUCUCCUUUGAGUUCCUGGUGCGCUUCUUUGCCUGCCCCAGCAAAGCGGGCUUCUUUGGCAACCUCAUGAACAUUAUUGACAUCGUGGCCAUCAUCCCAUAUUUCAUCACGCUGGGCACGGAGCUGGCAGACAGUCCGGAUGACGGCCAAGCCGGACAGCAGGCCAUGUCUUUGGCCAUCCUCAGGGUGAUCCGUCUGGUGCGAGUGUUCCGAAUUUUCAAGCUCUCACGCCACUCCAAGGGGCUUCAGAUCCUGGGCCAGACCCUCAAAGCCAGCAUGAGGGAGCUGGGACUGCUCAUCUUCUUCCUCUUCAUCGGCGUCAUUCUCUUCUCUAGCGCGGUGUACUUUGCAGAGGCCGACGAGCCGCGGUCCCAAUUUGAAAGCAUCCCGGACGCCUUCUGGUGGGCUGUGGUCUCCAUGACCACGGUGGGCUACGGCGACAUGGUGCCCACCACCAUCGGGGGCAAGAUCGUGGGCUCCUUGUGUGCCAUCGCCGGCGUGCUGACCAUCGCUUUGCCGGUACCCGUCAUCGUGUCCAACUUCAACUACUUCUACCACCGGGAGACGGAAGGAGAGGAGCAGGCGCAGUACCUCCAGGUCAACGUGCCCAAGAGCGAGUCGGGCGAGGAGCUGAAGAAGAGUCGCAGCGGAUCCACCAUCAGCAAGUCGGACUACAUGGAAAUCCAGGAAGCGGUCAACAACAGCAACGAGGACUUCCGCCAGGAGAACCUCAAGACGGCCAACUGCACGCUAGCCAACACAAACUACGUCAACAUCACCAAGAUGCUUACAGACGUGUAGAGAUGAAAAAACAUAAUACAACGGCAAUAGAAUUCAGGAAUGAGAUGCUUUUCACGCCAUGCUUCAUUCCUGCCUUUAAUGCGGUCAAACCGAGCCAGAUUUUUUUUUUGCAUUUGCAUGGAGAUUUUUAGAAGGAAGAAAAACUCAAACGUCACAUUAAUGCCAACCGAAAAAAGCAAUGAGAAAAAAAAAAAAGCUUUUGAAAAUUUAACAGCCCACUGCAGUCACCUGAUCCCUCACAGCCCAGUGUGCACUGCUUUGCUUCGACACAAAAUAUUUAGGCGUCAGCAUAAAUAGAAAAAACCAAAAACAUGAUCAUGAUCCAGAUUUGUUUCUCACCGAUGGUUUGGGCAAUGAUGAAUGACAGUCAUCAGCACCACGUACGCUUGUGCUGGGACACCUUAGUAGUCAGUAUCUGAUGAGUGACUGUGAAUGGCCUUGACGCCUCGCUGCUCUUACGCAACGUGUUACUACGAUGCAAACUCUGCUUUGCCCUCCAUUCAGCUCAACUGGUCUUAUAGCGCAGAGCAACUUGAAUGUUUCUUCUCGGGUUUUGUUGGGCUCGCUUUCUUUUUUUACAUAAACAACGUAGUAGCUGGUCGUCAGUUCAGUGGGUCCUCGGUUCCGUUCAGUAGGGUCCUCAGUCAAGCUGGGCAUACAUUGCCAAUUAAGUCCCUUUCUCACCUGAUUCCAAAACAACAAGAUUUUUAAUCAGGACAUUUUUAGUCGUCCCGGUGCUAUUGGCAACUCGCGUCUUGGGCUACGGCAGUCCGUUUGACGUGGCGAUAAAAAGAACCAAGAACAGGCUUUAAUGUACCUGUGUUGCUUUUGUUGAUUGUGUGUGCUAAAAAUGCCUUGACAGUUUCGUCUGCCUUUUACGAGUCCCUGUCAUCGCAGCCGCAAGUUAUUUUGUUUCCAUUAUGUGCAAUCCAAACGUAUGCUGGCCCUAAAGUGUUCAAAAGGUUACACGUUGUACAGCACUUAAAAUGAACUCUGUAACAUUUUUCUCAAAUGUCACAGUGUAUGCCCGGCUUUUUUUUUUUUUCCGUGAGGAAACACACCCAACCACAAAACCCUGACCUUCCACCUCGACGCCUUUGCCAAGUUGCCGUGAAAAGCACGUUGCGGACAUUACUGAACUGCUUAGGAUGCCGUCGUUAGCAUAGAAACUUUGAAGAAGAAUGGAUGUAAAAAAAAAAAAAGUCUUUCUCAGUCUUGCAUGACAUCCACUUCAUCCCUAGAAGCAUGACCUUUGCCUUCGAGAAGAAGCUCACUGACUGCAGAGACAAAAAAAAUGUAUUUCUAAAUAUCAACAAAUAUACGUAUAUAGACAGAAUGCAUAUACAGUACACUUCACCAGAGACUUGUGAUGCAGAUUAUUGCCAUAAUGAAGCUAACGUUUAAUAGUGAGUGCCAAAGACACACACACACAUCGUUUCCCAUCAUACCUCGGGGUGAUAUAUUUAAAACGAGUUAAUACCACAGAGGUUUCACUUGCCGAUUAAUUUGCAAGAACGCUGGACUUGUCUUGAAAGAUUGACGGUUUUGAUUUCGGAUGGCAUCCAGAUAAGAAUAGCUGCCAUUGGCUACAUAUUUAUUCCCAUUAAAACCCGGAUUGGAAUGAAAAUGCUUAACGUUUGGAAUAUUCUACCCGAUUAAGAAGAUUCCGAUCAAGGUUUUAUUCUGGGGUGCUUCGUGAUUGACAAUCCGAUCAGUGCGCAUCAUACCAUUUAUUCGGAAAUGUCGUAACCAACUUGCAUAUCUGCAACAUCAGUACACGCCAAUUUGUGAUUCCCAGAAACUACUAGAAGCAGAGCUAGCCAAAAACCUGGUCAAGUGUUACUUGACGUAGCAGUGCAAAUGAGAAAAAGACGCAAAAUAACGCUUACGUUUGAAAUGGAAAUGUUUUGUUGACACAGAGGCCGCUACGGCUUCUUGUAUGACAACUGUGUAUUUGGUCAAUUUGGUCAAGGCAGCCAGGUAGUCCCACCUAUCCGUCCAUGCUGAUGGUGAUAAUCACCAGCAGUGUAGCAUACCUUGGUCCUUCUGAGUCCCAGGUUUGACGUUUGGCUUCUGGCUGUUGACUAGUGUGUGUGUGUGUGUGUGGGGGGGGGGACAUUUGUCUGCUUGUAGCAUGCAGCGUUUUCAAUGAAGCCUCCACGCCGUGUCUAUUUUUAGGCUUCCGACUUGAUGCAACAGUAACAACACGUGUCACGCCACCGCUGCGCCCGCCCACGUCCGCUGCUCUCACGCGGCCCCUCAAACAUACGGAAAAGUCCACUGAAAUGAGUAACUGCAACUGGAGAGGAAUCACUUUUGUCUAUUCAUUUCUGCACAGAAUUUCAAAAUGACAAAAAGGUUUUUCCUUUGAGUAUUCAUUUUUUAAACAAACGUAGAUGGAAUGAACAGGUGAAGCACAAAUGCCUUGGUUUUAUUUUUAAUUUCCAAAUGAUUUGAUGAAUUGUAUAAGACCCAUCCAUUGAAAAGUUACUUUUCUACUAGUUUCAGUCCCAUUUUGUGUAAUAUCCUAAAUUCUCAUGAGAACUGGAGAAGGGUGCAUUUCAGUAGGAUCUUUUUGAAAUGGCACAACAACAAAAACCAUAUUUGCCUAUGCAUGCCGACACAUUUCACUGCAAAUAUUUUUGUCCAAACCCGCUGUAGCAGGAAUGCACAACAUUGACUUUUGUGUUGAAAACACAGCCAGCUGAGUGGAGUCAACAUCAAUUUCUUGCAUAUUUUAUUGAUCAUUGACAUUACGUUGGUGUUGAAAGUUCAUUCUGUAGGAAAAUAGGGAGGAACGGUGGGAAAAUCUAUGCAUUGCUUUCCGUACGAAAUGAUUAGAUGCUUGCAGUUUGAACCAGUGUGAUCGGCACCAACACACACAGCUGCAUCGGAAACAAAACAAAUCCCCCACAGAAAAUUGCAAUAGUUUGUUGUAGGAUAGCUCAGUGAAAACUUUUCAGAUUAUUGUUUGACCUGCAUGAAAACACGCGCACACACACACACACACAUUCAAGUGAAACAAGGUGACCAAUAUGCAAUAUGUAUGCAUGUGUGUGCUCCAGAGAGAAUGAUUGUGAAUUUCACACAAUAUUGUACAGUUGUUCACACCUCUCCUUCCCCCUUGUAUUUUAUAAGGCUGGAUUUACACCGCACGGCUCAAGUGAGACAAUUCCGAUUUGUUUGGGUGGCACGAUUCGGAUCAAGACGCAGGAUUGGAAACAGGCGAGAUGCAAGUUUAGAUCGAUGAUGUAUUUGGGAUGUUUUGACAAAAGCAGGCUUAUACGUAUAUCCAAACUAAAUGUUUGGUAUGUGGGGAAAGAGCGAUAGCUACAGUUGGUCGGCCACCCCCCAAAAAAACAAAACAAACAUUCCAUUGGAAUCGGCCACUUCUCCCUGCAGUGUAAAUCCAAAGAGGUCUGGAAGCUUCCAUGGCGAUGACGGCUUUUCUUUCUAUGAAAUGACGAGACUGAUGUACAGAUGAGCAAAGACAAUAAUUGCGAGUAGUCAACGGACUCGGCAAGUAGUAGGAUUUGCACUUUACAAGACAAGGACCGUCUCUGGAUCGGAGAACAUUGAAGUCCUUCCGACAUGAUUGAGAACGCUGAUAUCAAUAACAAUGAAGCCAAUAAUAAUAAUGAUAAUAACUC